AGGAAGAUUACAGAAGAAUCACCGUGGAUAAGAAAGGUGAAACAAAUUUUUUUACAUCUACUAUGGUAAAAGAUUGCAUGAAGAAGGUUACGACUGUUGGUUUGCACGAAACAGUCCAGGUUGAUGAUGAACUUGAAAUUAAAGCUUACUAUGCUGGUCAUGUACUUGGUGCAGCUAUGUUCCUAAUUAAAGUUGGUUCCCAGUCUGUUGUCUAUACUGGUGAUUUCAAUACGACACCAGAUCGUCAUUUGGGUGCAGCAUGGAUUGACAAAUGUAGACCAGAUUUGCUAAUAACAGAAUCAACAUAUGCAACAACCAUAAGGGACUCCAAAAGAUGUCGUGAAAGAGACUUUUUAACUAAAGUCCACGACUGUGUAGAAAGAGGAGGAAAGGUUCUCAUUCCGGUUUUUGCACUUGGACGUGCACAAGAGAUGUGCAUACUUCUUGAGACGUACUGGGAAAGAAUGAAUCUUAAAAUACCCAUAUAUUUUGCUGUUGGCUUAACUGAAAAAGCCACAACAUUCUAUAAAAUGUUCAUAACAUGGACCAAUCAGAAGAUCAAACAAACUUUUGUUCAUAGGAAUAUGUUCGAUUUCAAACAUAUAAAACCUUUUGAUCGAGCAUAUAUUGAUAAUCCCGGACCAAUGGUGGUGUUUGCUACUCCUGGAAUGUUGCAUUCUGGAUUAUCAGUUCAAAUUUUUAGGAAGUGGGCUCCAAAUGAAAAUAAUAUGCUAAUAAUGCCUGGGUAUUGUGUUGCUGGUACAGUCGGUCAUAAAGUAAUAAGUGGAGCAAAGAAAAUAGAAUUUGAAAAUCGCCAAAUUGUCGAGGUCAAGAUGUCUGUUCAAUACAUGUCUUUCAGUGCCCAUGCAGAUGCUAAAGGAAUAAUGCAACUUAUCCAGCACUGUGAACCAUCCAAAGUUCUCUUAGUACAUGGUGAAGCUUCCAAAAUGGAAUUUUUAAAAAAGAAAAUCACUCAAGAACUUGGUAUGCCCCAGAUUUUGUUUUAUUAGUCUACUGUUUAAACA